AUGGUGACCAUUCCUGAGUACUAUGAGGGGAAGAAUGUGCUGAUCACAGGAGCCACAGGCUUUAUGGGAAAAGUCCUGCUGGAGAAGCUGAUGCGGUCCUGCCCUGGAGUCAAGGCUGUGUACGUCCUUGUCCGGCACAAAGCGGGCCACGCUCCCCUGGCCCGCAUCGCAGACAUGAUCAACUGCAAGCUUUUUGACAGGUUACGAGAUGAGCAGCCAGACUUUGCUGAGAAGAUAGUGGCUGUGAACAGUGACCUCACCCUGCCAGAACUGGACCUGAGCAAAGUGGACCAGGAAACGCUUGCUGACUGCAUCAACAUAGUCUUCCACUGUGCUGCAACCAUCCGAUUCAAUGAGCCUCUAAAAGAUGCUAUGCUACUGAAUGUUCUAGCCACCCAGAAGAUGGUGGCUCUUGCCCACAAAAUGAAGCACUUGGAGGUGUUCCUCCACGUGUCCACAGCCUACGCCAACUGUGACCGGACACUCAUUGAGGAAGUGGUUUACCCACCUCCGGUUGACUACAAGAAGCUCAUCGACAGCCUAGAAUGGAUGGAUGAGAAGCUGGUCUCAGCGAUGACCCCAGGGCUGAUUGGAAAAAGGCCCAACACGUACACCUACACCAAGGCCAUGGCUGAGUACCUGGUCCAGCAGGAGUGUGGGAACCUCAACGUGGCUAUAAUCAGGCCUUCUAUAGUAGGGGCCAGUUGGAAAGAGCCAUUCCCAGGCUGGAUUGAUAAUUUCAAUGGACCUAGUGGAAUAUUCAUUGCAGCAGGAAAGGGGAUCCUGCGCACCAUGAGAGCAUCCAACAACGCAGUGGCUGACCUGGUGCCUGUGGACGUGGUCAUCAAUACCACACUGGCUGCUGCCUGGUACUCAGGCUCCCAGAGACACACCAGCAUAUUGGUGUACAAUUGCACGACAGGCAGCAUCAACCCGUUCCACUGGGGUGAAGUUGAGUACCAUGUAAUAUCCACUUUCAAGAGGAACCCCCUCGAGCAGGCCUUCAGACGGCCCAAUGUAAAUCUCACAACCAAUCACCUUAUCAAUCAGUACUGGAUCGCUGUAAGCCACAAGGCACCAGCCUUCCUUUAUGAUCUCUGCCUCAGGAUGACAGGAAAAGAGCCCAGGAUGAUGAAGACCAUUACAAGGCUGCACAGGGCCAUGAUGGUGCUGGAGUACUUCACGAGCCAUUCGUGGGUGUGGAAAAAUGACAACGUCACCAUGCUCAUGAACCAGAUGGGUGCUGAUGACAAGAGGACAUUCAACUUUGACGUGCGACAGCUGAACUGGGCAGAGUACAUGGAGAACUACUGCAUGGGGACUAAGAAGUAUGUCCUGAACGAGGCUGAAUCCGGCCUGCCAGCAGCACGCAAACACCUCAACAAGUUGAGGAACAUCCGCUACACGUUCAACACGGUCCUGGUCGUGUUCAUCUGGCGAGUGUUCAUCGCGCGGUCCCAGAUGGCCAGGAACAUCUGGUACUUUGUGGUCAGCCUCUGCUUUAAGUUCCUGUCCUAUUUCCGAGCAUCCAGCACCAUGAAAUACUGA